GAAGUGCGGGAGGAAGUGGCGUAGGGGGCGCUUUAGGGAAUCGACCGGCGGAAUAAACAGAGACGCUGUCCGUUAGGCUGCUGCGGGCCACCAUGAACCGGCUCCCGGAUGACUACGACCCCUACGCGGUUGAAGAACCUAGCGACGAGGAGCCGGCUUUGAGCAGCUCUGAAGAUGAAGUGGAUGUGCUCUUACAUGGAACUCCAGACCAAAAACGAAAACUCAUCAGAGAAUGUCUUACUGGAGAAAGUGAAUCAUCUAGUGAAGAUGAAUUUGAAAAAGAAAUGGAAGCUGAAUUAAAUUCCACCAUAAAAACAAUGAAGGAUAACUUAUCCUCACUGGGAACAGGGUCUUCCUCAGGAAAUGGGAAAGUUGGAACAGCUCCAACAAAGUACUAUGAUGAUAUAUAUUUUGAUUCUGAUUCUGAGGAUGAAGACAAAGCAGCACUGGUGACCAAGAAAAAAAAGAACAAACGACACAGGAUUCUGACAAAUGAUGAAUUACUAUAUGAUCCUGAAAAAGAUAACAGAGAUCAGGCCUGGGUUGAUGCACAGAGAAUGGGUUAUCAUUAUUUUGGACUGCAGAGGCCACGUCAACAACAGCCUGUUCCAAACAGCGAUGCUGUCUUGAAUUGUCCUGCCUGCAUGACCACACUGUGUCUUGAUUGCCAAAGGUAAUGGAUGAAGGGUAAACACACA